GCAAAAAUAGACAAAAUCAUGGUGUAUUUGUUGCGCAUGCGUAGUAUAUUAUUAGGUUCUCCCAGAGCUUUGAUGUCUGCUCAUCGAAGCCAGUCUUCGCGACGAAGGGUGACUGUUUCCUACGUUUUGAGAGGCGAAGAAGAGUCUCGUAAUCUGUCGGGAAUCAAUGCUCUGAAGCUAAACGCAAGGACGCGCGUUUUGUAUACGGGCGGUCGCGAUUCGAUUAUUCGCACCUGGAAAGUAACGGACCAAAUAAUUGCACAAAACCAGAACCCGUACAUCAAGUCUUUAGAACAUCACACAGAUUGGGUAAACGACAUCGUGUUAUGUCGAAAUGGCAAAACACUGAUUUCAGCUUCUUCAGACACAACAGUCAAAGUGUGGGAUUUGGAAAAAAGUGUUUGUAUGUCAACUCUGCGGACACAUAAAGACUAUGUGAAGGCAUUGGGUUAUGCAUCCGACAAGGAGAUGAUGGUGUCUGCAGGAUUUGAUCGGCAGCUGUUUAUAUGGGAUGUCAACACACUGAUAGCACUGACUUCAAUAAAUAACACAGUAACAACUUCGUCACUUCUUGGUCACAAAGACUCGAUUUACUCUGUGGCUCUUAAUAAGGCGGGUACAAUCGUAGUUUCCGGAUCAACAGAAAAAGCAUUGAGAGUCUGGGACCCUCGAACCUGUGGAAAACAGAUGAAAUUGCGAGGACACACGGACAAUGUGAAAACAAUCUUGAUAAGUCCGGACGGUACAGAGUGUUUGUCUGGUGGAUCGGAUAGCACUGUUAGGCUAUGGUCACUUGGUCAGCAACGUUGUGUUGCAACGUACAAAAUACACGAAGAAGGCGUGUGGACUCUUGCUACAAACGAGGCUUUCACCUGUUUCUACUCUUCAGGAAGAGACAGACGAGUGUUUCGGACUGAUAUGAAGACGGAUACCAGCACAUUUUUGUUUAGAGAAAAGUGUCCGGUGUUACGGCUCGAAUUGGACAGUGGAGAGACGGACGAUUGUCAGUCAAUCUGGGUUGCCUCAACGAACUCAUCAUUAUCACGAUGGCCAAUCAAGAUGUCUCAGUCACAGUUAUCUAGUUUAUCAAGUGACAGCCCACUGACCACACCCACACAGAUUUCACCGUCGUGUACAAUACCUGGUGCUCCGGGUAUUGUUCGGCAUCACAUAUUGAACAACAAACGACACAUUCUUACUAAAGACACGAGUGAGCAUAUUGCUCUAUGGGAUGUCAUACUGGCAAAGAAAGUAAAAGACAUUGGGAAGACUGACUUUGAUCAAGAAGUUGAGAAGAGACUUGAGAAGGUGUAUGUGCCCAACUGGUUCACAGCAGAUUCAAGGACAGGGAUGCUAAACAUUCGUCUAGAUUCAUCAGAAUCAUCGCAGGCAUGGGUAAUAUCAAAAGAUUUAGGGCUGACAGACGACGAAGAGGACGAAACUCGAUUGAAUCUUGGAUGUUUGGUCUUGCAAGCGUUGCUAGAAUAUUGGCCACAGACUCAUCAGUUUGUAGGAAAUGGUCAUGAGAAUCCACUUGUUGCUGGAGGAAAGAGCAAAGACCCAAAUCAGGAGUGUAAGGUUUAUCAAGGUAACGGCUACUUUAGUGUUCCCACACACACUCCUGUGGCAUUUGGAGAAUCUGGUGACUGUGGAUGUGCAUUGAUGAGAUUCAGAGUCAGUGAAGCAGGAAGUCUAUCAGAUGGGCUUUUACUCGAUGAGACAGUUCCGGCUUGGGUAACAGACAUUGUCAUUAGGAAAUCUCUACCAGCAUAUCUUAAACUUUCGUUUGUACUCCAGCCGUGUUCACCUGCAUUGAAAUCCCUGAAAAGAGAUCGUUUAUCAGCCAGUGACUAUUUGAAAGUCCGUAAAGUUUGUGAACAUGUUUACGAAAAAUUGUUUGUCGGUGAAGAGAUGUCAGGCAGCAGCAGUCGUUCCGAGGACAGCAGCAGUAACUCGCGUGCUGACAAAGCAGAAGAUAAAGUAGAAAUUCUUUGUCAAGACGAGUUGCUAGAUCUUGAUAUGGACUUAAGGACUGUUAAGUAUUUUAUAUGGAGGAGUGGUAGCGACAUGGUGUUGAACUACCGUCUCAAACUGGGACAAGGAGAACAAGAAAAACCGACGACAACAGAAAAACGAGGACGACUGAAGACCAAAACGUCGACUUUCUGAGUACUUUUGCUGUUAUCGUGUGAUGAUGGCUUGGAAAAAAUUACAGAGUUGUGUGACAUUGGUAUCAAACUCAAAAGGUUAUUCGCUCUGCUGCCGAGCAGCUGGAGGACUGUAACUUGCUGUAUAGAACUGAGCACAUGCUUUAUGCUGUGGAGAGUUUGUACAUGUACAAGGGCAUUGAUUAUAUUUAUCUCGAAUUUUUCUUUUAAUGCUUUUUGUCUUGUUUUGUUAUUUGAAAACUGGAAGGUAUUCAAGAGCA